AUGCUGGCGCCCAACUCCUCUGCCUUCGGGCCCCCACAAGCCGCCAGCUUGAAGGUUUCGUGGAGCUGUCACGUUGGCGUUCCCUGUGGGGAAGGUGUUGGCGGAGCAGCAGCAGCAGCAACAACAGCAGCAGCAACAGACGCAGCAGCAGCAGCAGCAGCAUGGAAAGCUGUAUCUGCAGACUUUGCUGCUGAUGGAUCUUUGCUGCUGCUUGCUGCUGUCGGCGGUGCCGAGGGAAGUAAUGCGAAGCUGCUGCUGGUAGACCUGAAAACCGGAUGCGUCGCGCGGGUGUACGACUGCCCCGAAGGCGGCGUCGCAUGCGCGCUUUUUGUGGCCUUGUCAACAGCAGAGUGCCUCAUUGGAGGUGCUGAAGCAGAUGCUUGUGUGCGGCUGUGGGACUUGAACAGCAACAAACUUGUCUGCGCAUACCCUCUGCCUGCUCCUCUGAUAGGAUGUGAGGGUGUGAUGGCUCAUCCUCGUCAGCGCCUCUUUCUGGCUAGCUGCAACGACGGCACGGUUUUGCUGUUUGAUUUAAAGCAAACGCAGCCUUUGGCGGGCAUGAGUUGCAGCAAUCCGCGGCCAGCAAUUGCCUUCGACUUUGAGGGCCUCGUUUUUGCUGUCGCGCGCUCCUCUACCCACGUGCAUCUCGUGAACAGCGAGCUUACAGACCUUCAGGAGUUCUCUGCCUUUGACCUGUCCGCCUCUCUAGGACCCGGCGGCUCCAUCGCUAGUCUCUGCUUCAGCCCCAACGGAGAUGCAAUUGCUGUCUCUACACACAACCAGCAGUUGCUGCUAGUUAAUGCUUUUGAAGGCACCACAAUGGCGAAGCUGUGCGGCGCUUCUGGUGCUGGAGACCUUUCAAUUGGGGGUUUGUGCAGCCCCUCAUUCUCAUUGAACAGUUUGCUGCUCUUCUGGUCUCGGGGCUCCUCUCUCGCUGCUUUCCGCGUGCCCUCUUCAGCAGACUGCAGCGCCACGCAGCAGCAGCAGCAGCAGCAGCAGCAGCAAGAUCUUGCAGCAGACCUGCUAGUCGCAAGACACGCGGGACACGCGGAACCCAUUUCCAUCGUCAAGGCCUCCCCUACGCAUGUUCUUGUCCUUACAGGUAUGCCCUUCUAG